AUGUGGGCUGAGGUGUCAAUAUUUUUGGGCCGACCUGUCAGGGCCAAGGUGUCAACCGUCAAGGGCCAAGGUGUCGUUGGGCCGAAAUGUCUUAUUUGUAUAACUUAUAUUCUUUAUAUUUAUAGAUGGGAGGGCUACAGAGCACUUGGAAAAGUGAUUCCAGGAACAAGAUUAAUAACAUUUAAAGUACCUUUAAAAAAGGAAUUGUGUGAAAAACUUCCAGAAGAGGAAAAAUUUACCCCAAGAAGUUUGGUUUCCAUGGUAAAAAACCUUGGAUGUCAGUUAGGAAUGGUGGUAGAUCUUACAUUCACGACAAAAUACUACAGUGCACGGGAUAUGGAACACCAGGGUAUCAGAUAUGAAAAGAUUUUUACAGAGGGCCAUAAUGUUCCGAGUGAUGAUGUAGUAUACAGGUUUUUUGAUACACUUGAAAGCUUUUAUGAGACAAAUAAAGAUAAUGAUCAGCUGGUAGGCGUACAUUGUACACACGGAGUUAACAGGACAGGUUACGUGGUCUGUAGAUACAUGAUCGAGAGACUCGGGUUUGAACCAGACAAAGCUAUGACAGUUUACCAUGAAGCAAGAGGGUACCCAGUAGAAAGAGAAAACUACAUUGAAGACUUAAGAAACAGACAACUAAACCAUGAAUACAAGUAUGAAGGUAGAGACAAGCUUCCCAUGAGAAAAAUUACACAGGGUUGGAGACGUGAACGACACCAUAAUGGCAGGCAAAGAAACCAUGAAAAGGACUUUCCUCACAAUAGUCACCAUCAAAAUAACCAGCAUCAAGACUCACAUGAAAUGUAUGGUGAUCAAACUUGGCCUCAACAGCAUCAGGAACUGGAAUGGAGAAGAGACAAAGGUCACAUGGAUCAUUAUCAUGGAGACCAACAACACUGGGAUGACAGGAGAUAUCAAAAUGGUAGGAGAGAUUACAGAUAUCAAAACAGGGAUGGAGGGAGACAAAAUUAUCACAAUAAAGACUGGAGAUACAAUGGUCCGAGAUAUCACCAACAUCAAAACAAUGGGCAUCAGCACCCUCCUCAAGAUAAUUAUUUCAGGCAGGGUUAUAGGAAUGGCUACAAUGAUGAAAGGUUUGAUUAUCACUCCAGACAGAACAGGCAUCAUGGACACUAUCAGGGUGGUGGAUCCUAUAGAAAUCAGAGGGGUGGACAAUAUAAAUCAAGGAAUGAUAGAUCUUCUGAUCAAUGGGAGACAGAAAAUCGACCACAAGUCAGAAAAAGACAUGAUUCUAGUGAGGUGAGAAGUGGAUCUCAAAAUUACAAACGUCAGUGUUCUAAAAAAGAUGAAAAGGCAUACAACCAAUGUGAACAAAUGUUAAUAUCAGAUUCCUGUAGUUAGUGUUAGAAAAUAAUGACACAGCCAGGUCAGCACAUGCAGGGGACGGCAAAGAUAAAACCUCUCCUGAGUCUACAUCCAAGGGCAGUUCAGCACAAUGUUCAAAGAAAGGGAGGCUUAGAGAUAAAAAGACGGAUAAAGAACUGCAGAAUUCUGCAGAGAGAGGACUGGCAAUAUCACAUGAUCACUAAUAAUGACGGUUUUUAAAGUGAAAAGUCGAACCUUAACUAUACAAUUGGAGAUACAAUACAAUAUUAUACAGAGUUCUAUCAAAAGAAGGAGAAAUGGGUAUAUUAAGGCAAAAACUGCGCAAAACGGAGAUUAAACCUUUGAUAAUUACUUCUCUAGGUUCAUAUCAAACAAUACUCUGUCUACUGUUCAGCACCAAAUUGAAAUUAGUAUUAGUAAAUGACUCCUAUGAUUGAUAAACAGAUAAAGCAUAUUGUGAUUUUACAAUACAUUGUUUUAUUUUAUUGUUGAUACGAAAAUACAACUUGUUGAUAUUUACCAAUAACCUAAACUGCCAUUUGAAUACUUGUAUAAACAAUUCCAAUUUUACUGUGCUAAAAAGGAAAGAAAAUCAAGCAUAUAAUCCUUUUAAUGGCCUAACCAUUAAAUAUUUUUUAUGGUUGUUUAUUUUUUUUUAAGUAGGUAUACAAUUUAAAACACUUAUCAGGCAUUUGACAUAACAUACAUGUAUUUUUCUAAGAUAAAAAAUAGGCCUACUCUACUUAUUAAGUAGAGAUCAUUUAAUUUGUUUAAAAAAUUUUUUUUACAUAACAAAAUAUGUAACAUUAAGUGCCUGUGUAAUUUAAGUUUAGUUUUUACCCUGUUCAUCUUAUUUUACACAGA